AUGUUCGCCGCACACAAUCUUCCGGCGGACGUGAAUCAAGUGGUGGAUCAGCUGGAGCGCCACUGUUUGGCCCCCGAUGGAUCUCUCAUUUCCAAAUCCACCUACUACGAUCUUCAACUCGCCAGAGAAGAAAUGUGCAAAGAGAGGCAGCGUUACCUGGAAACCCUGGCAGUGUACAUCGAGAUGAUGGCGAUGGUGGAGGAGUAUCAGCAGGCCAUUUCCGUGGCUAAUAUGGGUGGCAUCCCUGAUGUUCAGGGUCUUUAUCCGAAGCUCGGCUUGAAAAACCCACCGCAGGUUUAUGAGGCCCUAGAGCAUAGAAUGAUGGUUGCAGAAGCUGCUCAAAGAUUGAGGCUUCCAAUGAUUUCCAAAGAUGGUGAGAUUCAUGAGGAAGAAAUCGAAAAAUUGAGUAUUGUGUCAAGGAGCUCAUUUGAUAGCACAAGUAGUGUCACAAUGAGCUCGAGCACAUAUUCUACAAAUUUUACAAACUUAUCUGGGCCGGGAGCUGGGUCUCUUGGUAAUACUCCUUUCUCUUCUGGGGGAACUGAUGCAUCUGAAACUGAAGUUGGUGGUGUCCCAAAUAGGUUUCUUGGGAUAACACCAACCUAUUUAUGGCAAACACAGCUUCAGCGAACGCCUCUAUCCAUGGACAUGACUGAAUAUCAGGUGUCUCUUGCCCGUGAGAUUGCAGGUCGGUUGGACGCUAAAUGUGAAAAGUUAGGAGAUGCAGUUAUCAUAGAUGACUUUGAAUCAUCAACCGGUCACCAGACUCUGACUUCCCGACUUCCAGAGAGGGUGAAAUUGAUUAUUGAGGAGAUUGAAAGAGAAGAAUUGGCAUGGAGGGAGGACCUGUAUUCUUCUGAUAGAAAAUUUGCUGAGUACUAUAAUGUUUUGGAGCAGAUUCUUGCUGUCCUCAUAAAGCUUGUCAAAGAUGUAAAACUCCGUCAUCAACAUAAAUAUGAUGAACUACAGAAGACUUGGCUAUGCAAAAGAUGUGAGACAAUGAGUGCCAAAUUAAGAGUUCUAGAACAUAUUCUACUUCUUGAAACCUACACCAUGGACACUAUUCCAGCUCUCCACAGAAUUAGGAAAUAUCUGGUUGAGUCAACAGAAGAAGCUUCUCUUGCAUAUAAUAAAGCGGUUACACGACUUCGUGAGUAUCAAGGUGUUGAUCCCCACUUUGAUAACAUUGCCAGGCAAUACCACGAGAUAGUUAAGAAAUUGGAAAAUAUGCAGUGGACCAUUCACCAAGUGGAAAUGGACCUCAAGAAGAUGCCUGAUCAUUCUACCACAUAA